CCCCCCCUCCCUCCCUCCCUCGCAGAAGAAGGGCGUGAAGAGGAAAGCGGACACCACCACACCCACCACGUCGAUCAUCACCACCAGCGGGGAGUCGUCUCCCUCGGUGACGGAGGCCAAGGCCGCCAAGAUCCCGGUGCGGAGGGAGAGCGGACGGCCCAUCAAAGCCCCGCGCAAGGACCUGCCCGACUCGCAGCAGCACCAGAGCUCCAAGAAGAGCAAACUCAGCGAACGGCUCAAGCACUGCAACGCGAUCCUCAAGGAACUGCUGUCCAAGAAACACGCGGCGUACGCCUGGCCCUUCUACAAACCCGUGGACGCCACCGCCCUCGGGCUGCACGACUACCACGAGAUCAUCAAACACCCCAUGGACCUGAGCUCCAGCAAGAGGAAGAUGGAUGAGAGGGAGUACCAGGAUUCUCAGCAGUUUGCGGCCGACAUCAGAUUAAUGUUCUCAAACUGUUACAAGUACAACCCCCCCGACCACGACGUGGUGGCCAUGGCCAGGAAACUGCAGGACGUGUUUGAGUUCCGGUUCGCUAAGAUGCCGGACGAGCCGGUGGAGUUGGGGCCGGGACCGGGGCCACUCCCCACCGCCUCCGCGGCCCCCAAGGACCCCUCCUCCUCCUCCUCCUCCUCCAGCAACUCCAGCGACUCCUCAUCCGGCUCCGACACCUCCGACUCCGAGGAGGAGCGAGCAAACCGCCUGGCAGAGCUCCAGGAGCAGGUCAGCCGUCACUCCCCCCUCCCCCCUCGCUCACACUCACUCCAUCA